AUGUUGACAAUGUUAUGUUUUGAUUAUGACUUUUAGUAAGAUGAUUUAACUUAUUGUGGUUUGCUACUUGAUAUGGAAAAUGACAGAUAUGUGAAGAGAAUAUUUAAUAGACUUUUACCUGUUCUAGGCAAUCCCAAUAACCAGGAAGUUUCAUGGCAUUGUCUUUUUUUCCUUUAUCCAUUGACCUCCCCUAUAUAUAUAUUACUCCGUAUGAAUUUUCUACCAGCCUAAUAAUUGCAAUGCAGUAGCACAAUGGUGAAAUUCAACUAGUUUUAGAAAUUUGUUUACCAGAGGAAAUGAAGUUUUCCAUUUUAUCGUUUCUGCUUCUUCUUGUUUUAGGUCAGCUUCCCAUUCCUUGGUGCAGCAAUGCACAAGAAAACUUUGGCAACAGCUCAGUGACCUUUCAAGUAGGCGUGGUUCUGGAUUUGGAUACAGAUUUAGGGCGUAGAGGAAUGGCCUGCUUGUACAUGGCUCUUUCCGACUUUUAUUCUGUUCAUAGCAAAUAUAAGACAAGGCUUGAUCUUCAUGUCAGAGACUCCAAGGAAAAUGUCAUUGAUGCUGCUGCUGCCAGUCUCCAUUUGUUGAAAGAGAUGAAGGCCGAUGCAAUAAUUGGUCCUCAGAAAUCUGCACAAGCCAGCUUUGUGAGCGAUCUUGGAGACAGAGCUCGAGUCCCUAUCAUUUCUUUUUCUGCAACGAACCCUUCACUUCAUCAUCGGACUCCUUAUUUUAUUCAAACAGCCCAAAGUGAUGACAUGGAGGUUGCUGCUGUUGCUGCCAUAGUUAAAGCUUUCAAGUGGAGUCAGGUUGUGAUUAUAUGCGAGGAUUCUGAGUAUGGUAAUGGAAUUGUUCAUUACCUGUCAAAUGAACUCCAAAGCAUAAAUGCUCGUGUUUCAGAUGUCAGGAAAGCCAUGCAGGGUGUAUUGGGUGUAAAGCCACUGAUUCCCAAAACUAAAAGACUCGAAUCUUUUGUAGCGGGGUUGAAAAGGGAGUUCCUCAAGGAUAGUUAUGAAUUCAAAGAGGCUGAGGUUAUGAGCAUUUUUGGUAUCUGGGCAUAUGAUACUAUGUGGGCACUGGCUAUGGCUGCCGAGAGAGUGGGAAGUAAGGAACCUCCAAUGGUUUCAAACAGUUCAGCUGAUCUCAAUUCUUCAGACCCAUUUCAUAUCGACAUCUCAUUGACAGGUCCUAAACUUCUCAAAGCAAUACAGAACACACACUUUGAAGGGCUUGCGGGGAAUUUUUCACUUAAAGAUGGAAGGCUGAAGCCUUCAUCAUAUCAGAUACUUAAUAUGGUCGAAGAUGGAGAAACAGAGGUCGCGAUCUGGAACCCAGAUCUUGGAAUUACUAGUGGAACCUACGCGACUUUAAAAGAUGUCGUGUGGCCAGGUGAAUCAACAGUAGUACCCAGGGGAUGGGAAAUUCCAGCAAAGGGUAAAAGACUAAAAAUUGCUCUUGCUGCAAGGCCUGGUUUUGCAGAGUAUAUUAAUGUUGUAAGAGAUGCUCAAACCAAUUCCUUCAGAUUUGGUGGAUAUUACAUUGAUGUUUUCAGUAAAGUCAUGGCUUCUUUACCUUAUUCUGUGCCAUAUGAUCUUGUUCCCUAUGAGAAACCGGAUGGUUCAUGUCCUGGGACUUACAAUGAUCUUAUAUAUGAUGUGUAUUCUCAGAAAUACGAUGGUGCCAUAGGGGAUAUAACAAUCACAGCAAAUCGAUCACAGUACGUGGACUUCACUUUGCCAUUUGAUGAUGGUGGAGUGGUCAGUAUAGUGCCAAUCACAUAUGAAGAUGAGAGUGGCUCCUGGACUUUCCUGAAGCCUUUGAAGAAAGAACUAUGGCUGACAAGUAUACUGCUUUUCGUUUUCACUGGUGUGGCUAUCUGGAUUCUUGAACACAGGAUAAGCUCUGCUUUCCGGGGACCCCCUUCUCAACAUGUUGGGAUGAUGUUUUAUUUUCCCUUCUCAACAAUAACAUUUGCACACAGGGAGAGAAUUGUGAGCAACUUGGGCAGGCUGGUUGUGGUGUUGUGGAUGUUUGUUGUGCUUAUCUUGAACUCAACUUACACCGCGAGCUUAUCAUCCAUGUUAACAGCUCAAAAGCUGCGACCUGCAACCAAAGAUGUGAAGGAGUUGAUUAAGAAGGGAGAUUAUGUUGGCUGUUUCAAUGGCUCAUUCAUAUUCAAUCUGUUGAUAGAAAUGGGAUUUGAGAAAUCCAAGAUUAGGACUUACAGAUACCCAGAAGACUACAAGGAUGCCUUAUCAGGUGGAACCAAACUUCCCAGAAUCUCAGCAUUUCUUGAUGUGGUUCCUUAUUCCAAUCUCUUCCUAUCCAAGAACUGUGGCAAGUACAUGAAAGUUGGUCAGACAUAUCACACUACUGGAUUUGCCUAUGUUUUCCCAAAGGGUUCUCCUUUAGUAGCCGACGUCUCUCGUGCCAUCAUCAAGUUAACAGAAGAAGGCAACAUUUUAGAUACCACAAGACAGUGGGUGAGAAGCGAUGAAGUGUGUACAGGACCCGAGAAAACUUCAGCCUCGACGGUUGUGGCACUGCAAAGUUUCGAAGUGUUGUUUGGCAUCUUUGGGGGAGUUACAGGGCUGUGCCUCCUGGUUUUCAUAGCCACAUAUGUGUACAAGAACAAAGAUUUCAUUCAAGAAACUUUGAGUUCCAGAACUACAAUUUGGCUCAAAAUACAGGCAAUAGGCAGACACUUUGACCAGAGAGAUUUAUCUUCUCAUAAACUUGAAAGGGCAAAAAACCCCCAAGAACCAGAAGGUGAUGACAGUGAAUUUACUUCUUCACACUCCAUUGAAAUGAGCAAUCUGCCCAGAAAUCCUCCCUGCAGUAGACCUUCUUCACCCGGUGCACUGGAAGGGAACACCGAUGAGCCUGGAAACGCUAACUCAAGCUCACAGCAUCAGGUUGCUAAUGAUCAGCCACAACAUUGA